AACAGUUAAUUAAUAGAAUAAUUAAAAAUAAAACUUUUAAUUAUUGCCAAUUAUGUCGAGGGAAGCGUUUCCAGUGCUUUACUUUAAUCUUUCGGGUGAAAUGAUUUACAUCGUUGAACAAAGACUUACGGCACAGAGUAUUGAUGUGUCCAAAGCCGAUAAAGUAAUAAGCGAUAUAUUUAACGCAAUGUUUAAUCCGGGGCUCAUUCAAGAUGUAUUCAAGAAGCAAACUCUGGUCAGUGUGUAUGCAAUGAGACAGAUGUUUGAGAAGUUGGCUCAUUCUUCUAUCAUGAAACUCAACGAUCAAUCCAUGAAUAAGUUGUUUGAUCUGAUGGUAAUGGUAACCAAACAUCAAAUAGUAUUCUGUAAUACACCACUGGAUCUAAUACAUGUCACUUUAAACCAUUUGGACUCAAUGGGCAAAAUGGCUCGACUCGACAAUACACUCAAACUAAUUGAGGCCUCAAAACAAAAAUUUAUAAAUUAUUACUUAGACAUGAAUUGGGCUAAACUCCAACACAUUCGCCAUACGAUCCUCACAUUCUUACAGGACAUCCAAACCAGAGUUUCCAUUUUCCUUAGGGAUGGGACCCAAGAAAAUGACGGCAAGUUUGUGAUCAAACCCGAAGGAGUUGUAUCCUGUGAUUGUCAAAUACCGGGAGUUAUAAAAUAUUUCAAUGCAAACAAUGAGGUGACAGAAGUGGACAGUUUUGAUCCUUUAGGUCAAUACACGGUCUCCAUUGAUAAGACAACUCUAGGCCUUAAUAUAUAUACUAAAGAAUAUUCGCAAAAAGAAUUAUCUGAAAAGCAGACCAAAAGUGAGGCUCAAAUGAAUGAGGAAACGAGUGAUUUGAACGAAAACAAUGAUUCGGCAAAACAUGAAUCGGAUUUAUUGGCAAAAUUGAUCGGAAGAGAGAAACCAAACGAUUCGGAGAUUGAGUUUUGGCUAAAUCUGGGACACGAAGACUCCACUCAAGAGAAGACAACUGAUAAUAAAAUAGCUUUCAAUGAACUGAAUAUAAGCGAAGGAAUACAUAAAACUACAAAUUUAGAGAAUAUUAUGAAUGAUUUGAAUAUCGGUGUCAAUGAAGAUAAUGAAUCAGACAAUGACUUCUUGGCUCUAAUGGAUUCAUGA